CUACAGUGCACGCCCCCGAGCUCCGCGCCUUACUGCCCGCUCCACACCUCCCUCACCACCCGCACGUUGACGUUUGCGCGUCUCCGCAACGGUUGCAUGAGAGAUUGCUGGACGCAUCACGGUCGCAUAGCUUUCGCGACACUUGCCCGCUGCACGCGCCGCGAACGCGAUCGCCGGACUCGUCCUGGGCCCGCCUGCAAGCACCUACCUCGAACACCUCGAACACCUCGAACACCUCCCGCACUUGUUGCACAAACAUCACCACGCCCGCCAUACCGCAUACUGUCAUAGCUCUGGACGCCAUGGAGGCUUCCCUGCUGCCGGCUACCGAGGAAACGCGCGCCGAGACGGCUGACCUGAAGUCGCGCUCCAGCUCCAUAACACCGCCGCCCUCGUCACAGGUCCCCCACACACGUCCUGCUCCAGUCCGCACGCCGACGCCUCCAACGCCUCCAACCCCGCAGCUCACGUCGCCGCCGCCCACUUCGAAGCUUGCCAGCAACACCACAGCGCUCGUCGAGGCAGCAGCCGCAGUGCUGUACUCCCAUGACCAGGUCAGCAAUGCCUCCGCCGACGAGCUUCGAUCCAUGGUCCAAGACCUCACCACCGCCCUGCGCGACAUCAGGCUGUCCGCCGCCCACUACAAGCUGCAACACAACAUGGCUGUGAUGGAAAGUCAGGAAGCUGCAAGUCGCAUGGCAGUGGAGCUUGCGAUGGCGCACAGGGAGCUGGAUGUUCUGCAGCAGGCCGAAGAGAAGCGCCGCCAGGCUGCAGCUCCUCCUGAACCGAGCUAUGCUGAGACUGCCAACGCCGCCAAUGCCAUCAUCAUGGCCGAGAUGAGCCGCCAGCAUCAGGCCCUGCAGGCCGAGAACGAACAGCUUCGCGACUUGUUCGAGCAGCAGAAGCGCUUGACCGAGCACAGAGAGGGCGAGCUAGCCAGUCUCAUUGAAGAGAACGACCGCCUCAAGUCCAGGAUCCGUAAAAACAGGGACCACAUGGCGCCUUUUCUUGAGCACAUGAACGAGCAUGGAUCGCCACGCUCAACCUUUGGCACUCCGCAGCAGCCUGCGCCGCGACGACUGCAUCGCACUCCUCUCUCCAAUGACAACAUUCGAGGAUCCAACAACUUUGAGGCCCUCCUUCUUGCCGACAAGAUGCUCAGCCAGGAGACUGCCACGGCUCCCACAACGCCCAGGACGGCCCCACAUGCACCAAGGUCCCGAGGGCACCACAGAGGUGCGCAGUCCAUGUCUUCUCUCCCCAAUACCCCAAACAGGCGAUCGCAUCCAUAUGCUAGGCCACCACGUACCCCACCAAACUACAUGCCUGCGGCCAUCCCUCAGUCCGCGCCGCCUGCUCACUACCAGCAGAAGCCUGCGCAUGAGCGUCGACAUAGCUCCAACUCGACCAUUACAGCCUCCAGCAUAGGCGAGGAAGAGACAUUCACCGACCGGAAAGGUGACGAGAUCAUCGAGUCUCAGGCGAGUCAGAUGGCCACGAGUAUGCUACGGCGAGCACCUCCGCCCAAGGCUAUGCAUGCACCGCCACCCUCCAACCUUGUGCAGAGCAAGAUCUUCGGUCACGUCAAAAAAGGCCACAGUUCGACACGCCCGAAGGAGAUUGAGAAGCGGCGGCCGGAGUCUGCAGGGCACCACGCUAGUCCGCGGGGAUGCGUGGAUCACGGUGUAGGUCUAGGCAUUGGAGGCUUGCGAGAGUAAAUCGUUCCUGAUCAUUGUGCAGGAUGCCUGCUACUAGCUACGAUGUUACGGCCUUUGGAUAGGCAGCUUGGAUCUGUCUGACUUUGCAAUGUUUGGUAUGAUAUCCCCUUCUGUUCGCUGGUGCUGUAGCGCACCGGCCAUUGUUGCUUCACCUUGUUCGAUCUCAGCGUUGAGCAGAGCUCCAAAUACGUAGUGUGCAGCUUGUAAGCGCAUGGCCAUUAUAAGAUGCAAU